AGCCCUGCAAGAGGCACUCUCUGCUUCCUGCGUGUGUGUUUGGUGUUUGCGCUUGUGAAUCAGGAGAUCCUCGCAGCCAGACUACAAGUGUACUUCACUGUCUUAAUUAGUCCAGGAGAGACUGACGGAAAAUCCUCGCUCCUGACUCUGCUGUUCCCGGGCCAGUCAGAUCGCAUGUAACAGGCUGCAACCCAAAGACUCAUUCUUUCCGACGACUUCAGGCACCAGAGGAGCGUCGCAGCCCGCACACACACACACAAACACACGCACACACACACACACACGCACUGCUUCGUCGCCGCUGGGGUUUCUUUGCGAGUUUGGAGAUGGUCCAGGGGGCAGUGAGCAGGGCUGUGCUCUGCCUGUCCUGCUCCCUCCUGUUGGGGGUCUGCUUCCCAGCAGAGGGGGCAGGGGCAGCAGGGCCUCUUCCCACUAUUCCCCCUGAACAAGAGUCUGGGGAACCAGAGUUUGAGGACUUGGAGUGGGGCUCUGGGUCAUCUCUGAUGCACCUGCUCCACAGCUUCCCUGCUGAUAGCCCCUUCGUAACAGAGACCCCAGAAAAACCAGUCAACUGCACCCAGCGCUUCUGGCUGCCACCGUCCUCUGCGAUCUGCUGGGAGAACAUAGCCGGACCCGAGGAGUUUGCCAAGUCCCGUCUGCUGGCUCUCCAGAACAGGGCUGCCCUGCAGGCUGUGUCCACCUCCAGCGGGGUGGAGGAGGGAGGGAUUUCCUACCAAUUCCAAGCCAGAGAGGAGGUCCAGGGGAUCCACUCAGACCACCAGGGUGUGGUGGAAACUAUACAGACCAUGGAGAAGGUGUUUGUCUCUUUGGAAGAGAAGAGGAAAGAAGGGAAGGAGCAGGGGGUCCUCACAAGCAUGAAGGAGCAUCUUGCCAACACAAGGGACGCCAUAGAUGGAAGAGAACACAUGGCAGACGUCCUGGAGAAUCAUUUUUCUACUUUAGAGAAGACUCUGCUUAACAUGCAGCUUCGACUCUACAAACUAAUGCAACAGUGACAAUGACAAAGACCUGUUGCCUCUUUUUCUUCCCUUAUUUGAACUGUAUUUAUGUAUUAAUGGAUUGCACAAUGUAGCAAAUGCAUGCAUGCUUAGGAUUAUGUCUGUAUUAUGAGGACAAAGCAAAUUUCAUAUGCACCUUGUAUCAUCAAAACACCUACCAAAGUAACAUGUGUAAUCAGCAGAAAUAAGUAAAGUUCACAUUAUCAGGGAGAUUUGAUGAACGUGUAGCUGUUCAAUUGUGUGUUACAUUUUCCCUCGAAAGACAUGUGAAGCUUGAAACAGAGCUAAUGUUGAACACACCAUUCAUAAAGUGCAUUUUCAUAAGUCUAACUCUCCAAGAUUGUGGUGUAAAACACAUGUGGCACAAUGAAUGUCAGACAGCAUGAAUCUUUAUUUUAAUAUCAAAUCUAAACAAUCACUUUGCAAGUUUAUGAGGAAGAUGCCUUGUAAGGUGGUCAGCUGUUAAAUAUACACUUUAAAUAGUCACAUCUGGUAGGCUGAGUGUAGAUUUUCAUUUGGAAAGACACGACAUGUUCAGUUGCUUUGUAGUUAGCUGAAAAAAAGGAGGUAUUUGUACUUCUGAUUCGUUCAAACAACUUUCAAGUAUUCACAAUAAACUACUCAGAACUGGAAUAUGACAAUAUCUUUUAAAAAAAGCUACAAUGUAUCACUUACAAUCAGUAACAUCAGCACAUUUCACUUUGAAAUCAAUGCCUGACAGCAUGUCUAAAAUAAAGUGGU